GUGCCAGGUGUCUGUCAAAUCAAAUUUAUUGAUUUUCAAAAAGAAUGGCGUCUACACAUAUGUUGCGACUGGGAGUCUGUUUUACUCUUUUACUUAAUUUUGAUUUAACAUGUUGCGAAGUCAAAAAGUUUCCACUAUUAAUGCCCGAUGUAUAUCCUGACAGGGAUGAACUAUAUUUAUGUACACCUGUUAGAAUCGUGGAUGAAAAAAGUUUUUAUAUAGUGGGAUUUGAUCCCAAUGCUACAAUGAAUGUUGCUCAUCAUAUGUUACUUUUUGGAUGCAACACUCCUGGCACUACUGAAGAAGUUUGGGAUUGUGGGGAAAUGGCUAUGUCAGAUAAGAGCAGUAACUUAAAAAAAGCUAUUCCAUGUGCUGACGGCAAUCAUGUACUAUAUGCUUGGGCUAGGGAUGCCAAAACUUUGGAGUUACCUGAAGAUGUAGGAUUCCAGGUUGGCAAAGGAACAGAUAUUCAGUAUCUAGUUUUACAGGUUCAUUAUUCUAAAGGGUUUGAAGCGGGACGGACAGAUAAUUCAGGAUUAUUCCUGAUGUACACUGAGCAACCGCAAAGUAAGCUUGCUGGUGUCUUACUCUUGGGAGUAGGAGGGUUAAUACCUCCAAAAUCUCAAACGCAUAUGGAAACUGCUUGUCAGAUUACUGAAGAUAAAACUAUACAUCCAUUUGCUUACAGAACACAUACGCAUUCUUUAGGAAAAGUCGUUUCUGGAUAUAAUAUAAAAAGAGAUAGUGAAGGUGUAGAUCACUGGAGUUUGAUAGGAAAACGAGAUCCUUUGACGCCACAGAUGUUUUAUCCAGUUUUUGACAAUAGUCCUAUAACGUAUGGUGAUAGAGUGGCAGCAAGGUGUACAAUGGAUAGUUCAAAAAGAAAUAGAGUUACCCAAGUUGGACCUACAAAUAACGAUGAGAUGUGCAAUUUUUACAUAAUGUAUUAUGUAGAAAAUGAUACACCGUUGCAAAUGAAGUAUUGUACGACUGAAGGCCCUCCAUAUUACCAUUGGAACAACGUUUACAAUGACUUGAACAACAUUCCUGAUGUAGAAGCAUCAUCACUGGAUUAGAUUUUAUAGAAAAAAUGACCAAGACUUCCUGCUAUACUUACUUUUAAAACUAUUACUAAUGGGUUUUCUAAUAAGAGUUUCUGAAUGUUCUUUUCUUCUCUUUUCUUAUCGCAAACUUUUUCAUGAUAUUCUUUUUUUUUAUUCUUUAUAUUAGUACAAUUUUAAAAACUGGGUCUUCUGUAAAAGCCACAUGUCGUGGAAUUUGUGAUAACUUGUGUACAAAAUCGUUCCUCAGAAAAACAUCAAUUCUAGGUCAUUUGGUGAUAAUAUUGAGGCCCAAAUGUCUAUUGAACGUCAUUCACAACAGAAAAACGACAACAUGGUUGUCCGAUCAUCUUUUAAAAAACUUUUGUUUAUAAUGAACAUUCGGAAACUCUUGUUACUAAUAUUUUAAUUAUUCAGAAAAUUUUUGAAAACCGUUUUGUUUUAAGACACACGAAAUAAGUAUUAUGUACAUUUCUGUUAGAAGGACGAAUAUAAUCAUUUUAAAUAUAUUUGAGGACAGGCCAAUCGAACUAAAACAUUCAAUGGUAGUCAUGAUUAAUAACAUAAAUUUUACUUUGUCAUUAACUGGUAAUCAAAAUUGUUAUUGUAAAAAUAUAAAUAGCAUCUAUAUAAACCGCGAAAGACAAUACUGACUUUUCUCAGCUAAGCAGUAUCAAAUAAUGAUUUUUUUGUACAUUAAACAGAUAUUUAUAUAUAGCCUGAUCAUAAAGGUAAUGCUAAUCAUUUAAAAUAAAAUAAAUUAUAAGGUUACCUGCCCUAAGUUAGCAUUUAAUAUAGGGUUCAUUCCAUAUCCUAAAAGUCAAUUUUUUAAUGUAUAAUCUAUUUUAAUAACUACAUCGUGCUUAAAAUUUCAGCAAUUAUUGGAACUGUAAAUAUUCAUAUCAAUACUUCUAGUUAUCAUACUGUAUAUAUAUUUUGUGUGUCUCCUAGUAUUUAAUAUGACCAAUUUAUAUUUCAACAUGCUCUAUUUCAAUUUAUUUAUUAAAUAUGCAGGCUAAUGUACUUACUGAUAUGUGUAAAGUUGAAAUAACAAAGGAAUAUUAUAAUGUAUGUUAAAAUGAGAUUUAAAUCCAAUCCAGUCUAACCAAAGAUACCACUUUAAAUGAACGAUAUGUGUCUGUCUCAUUUAAAACUUUUUCAAUUUUUAUGUGACAAAAAAUUGCCGUGAUUAUUAGAUUAAAAAAUUAGACCGUUUUAAUUUUAGUGAUGAAGUGACAUGUCAAUUAAAAUAACUGGAUUAGACAGUUACAAUAUACUUGAUUAUUAAAAUAGAUUUGAUUUACUAUAUUAAAAAAUGUCAAUCAAGUUUGUAAAUGAUGCCGAAGCUAAUCGAAUUUUAUUUUUACGAAAUGCCUUUUAUACAUAAUCUUGACAUUAAUUUCAAGCUUUAACUUCCCUGGUGUUUAUAUAAAUAAUGUCGUUUCAUAGUAAUUUUAAUUUAUUGAAUAAUUUUUUUCUCUUUAUACUCUACAGAAGCCUCAUCUUAAUCAGGAUGUACUUAUAAAAUCCCUCUGUUUUUUUGGUAACCUUAAAAGUACCUGGCAAUGCUAAACCUCAGUAUGACCCAGGAAAAAAAUAUGAAAUUGUCUGGGUAACGUUACCUCGCCCAUCUUUUUCUCCUGAUUUUUUUCCUUUUCUUAUUUAUUUCUCGAUAACUGUCAUGUCAAAAUCCGAGAUGAUGUAUAUAGACUUAUACAAUACCGGUAUAUGUAUAAAAAUUGGUAUCAUCAGGUAAUUGCUUUGAGGAAUAAUGGUAUAUUACUGGUUUCUAAUAAAUUUUAUAUUUCACCUUCAAAAGCGCACGAACUUAUUUAAUUACCUGGUAAUUAAAGGGGCCCUUCACACUACGAUUUUUGUGAGAUUUUACAAUCUAUCGAUUUGGUCUAAAACUCAACAUGAAGUGAUCGAUCUAAUUCACAUCUGGCCUCUCCGGAUAGAUGUGAACGUAAUAGUCCCUCAUCUGCCAGCAAAAAGUAGCAUGUCGUGUUUUUUGCUUGCUAUUUGAAAUUGGGUACAAUGCAGGUGUGAAGAAUAUGUACUAUGUCCUGGUGGUGGGAGCUGUCGUGUAACCUGUCAAAUUUAAAGUAUAGUUGCUAAUUUAUGGAUUUUUUAGCUUUUUGCUGGCAAUGAAAUAAUAUGCUUCUUAACGUCUAUAACAAUAAAAAAAUCCCUUUGCAAGCAUUUUCUGUCAUCCGGUGUAGGGAUUUCAGCCACGUGACCGUAUAUUGGUGCUUUUCAACCAAAUUCGGGAUAUAGCUUAAACGCGAUUUUUCUGAACUUAAAAUGAUAUUGCAAGCAUUUUUUUAGGUCUGCGAAAGGAUCGAUAUGAAAAAAUUAUAUCCUUGAAAUAGCUGUAAAAUCGGAAUCAAAUGUCAAAAAGUGAUUUAAUUGCCCUCAAAAUGUUUGUAUGACUUUCAACUCAACUAAGAAUUACAUUUUUUUUUCAGUAGUUCUACCCCAUUGCCACAAAUUGGAUUAUUUUGACAUUUUUUAUAGAAAAUCCGGGGUGAAUAGAAGGUUGAAUGGUUGAAUUAUUAUGUAAAAUAGGUUUGAUUGCUUCCAUGUUUGUAUGAUCCUUAACUAAGAAUAUUUGGUGAAUUUUUAAUUCAACAAUUUUACCCCAUUCAGCCUCUUAUUCACCCUGAGUUUUCGUGAACGUAUCAAAAUAGUUUAAUUUAUAGUGAAUGGGGCAAAACUACUGAAUAAAAAAGCUUGCAAGGGCAAUACUCUUAGUUGAGAAUCAUACAAACAUUUUGAGAGCAAUUAAAACACCUUUCGACUUUUGGUUCCCAUUUUACAUGUAUUUCAAGGUUACAUUUCAACUCUCACCGACCUAAACGAAUGCUUGCAAUAUCAUCUUGAGUUCAGAAAAACCGCGCGUUUAAGGUAUAUCCGCAAUUUCGUUGAAAAACACAAAUAUCCGGUCACGUGGCCAAAAUUCCUACACCGGAAGUAGCAAAAUCGGACGACAGAAAAUGUUUGCAAAGAUAUUUUUUAUUGUUAUAGACGUCUAGGAGCAUAUUAUUUCAAAGCCAGCAGAAAAAAACGAAAAAGUUCAUCGAUAAGCAACUUUACUUUGAAUUUGACAGGUUACACGACAGCUCCCACCACUGGGACAUAGUGCAUUUUGUUCAUCCCUCUCCCAAAAGUAAAAAAACAUGACUUUGCGUUUUUUGUAUUCAGAUGAGGGACUAUAAAGUGUGAAAAGAGCUGAUUCAAUCUUGUCUUUAGAUCAGAACUGUACGGCAGGCCAUUCGAAGCGUAAAGGGCCCUCAUUAGGCUUUUAAUUUUUUAUUCGUUUUAUGUAUGUUCUAGGUUUAAAAUGUACAUUUUUUUUCAUAUGUUUCAAAUAUUCCAGUUAUUUAAAACACAUAUAUUUUAUAAUAAAUAUGGACAUUAAUAUUGUAAUUACUGUUUUUCCAGCAAAUGUUUUUUUUGAUGUCAAUUUUUAAGAGAAAUAAAUAUUGGCGUGUGCAAUCGAAUUUACAUACUUAUACAGUUUUUAAUAUGAUUCUUUUUAAAGUUUUUUAAAGUUGUAUAUUCAAGGAAGUCAGUUAUUUAAUUUCGAAUGUAGGCAUAUCUUGUGCUAACAACUAUAGAUAUGUUGAUAUCAAAUGGACUAUAAUGUGAAAAGAUAUGUACACAUAUGUUUUGUUCUCGAAAGUUUUAUGAAUAUAAAAGGUUUUCCAAAGGGUUUUCUAAAAAUAACAUAGUUUAUUUAACAAAUGCUUUAUUUUUUUUACGAGACAGACAAUUCUAGUUGUAGGUCCCCAUCAAUAUAAUAAAGAAUAUCAACCAAAUGUUCCUCUCCGUUUCUUUGGCAGGAAGUAAUUAUUUUCUCUAAAUUUUGAAUUAAGUCUAAGCACAAAAGUUUAGUUAUAUCUUACUAAUUACGCACAUAAUCUCAUUCUUCAGAUAAGGAAUUGUUUACGAAGUUUUGACAUACAUCUUGGUUUUCAAGAGACGUCAAAUCGCACAAUCUCGGUUGCCAUUUCUUGAAAUUAUUCUGUGCCCAAAUUUGGUUGUGGCCCAACCGCCAACGGUUUUAAACAAAAUUAGGAUACUUAUUGGAAAACCCUGUAUAAGAUUUUUUAAUAUAUUUGCCGUUGUUUAUUUUUGAUGUAAGCAGGAGAUUUUUGAAAAAAAAAAAAAAAUAUUGAAAAGAACAGUUAAAAUAGAUGCAAAAUUAGAGAAAGCAAACAUUUAUGUUUUUAUUUUUAGCAAGACUUAGGUGUUGAUUGAUGGAUCUAACAUGUUAGUUCCUGGUUAAUAUUUUACCUUGAAAAGUCUUUUUUUUUUCGAAGACAACCUGUACACAUUAUCCUAUAAUUUUUAGUGAUCCUUUUAUAUACCAGUAUAUAUCUGUAUAUUAUCUGUACUCAACGUUGCUCAGGGCUAUAGGUGUAUUGCCUGAAGAUUGGCAAAAAAACUAAAUACGCACAUCAAAAAACUGUAGAAUAAUAAUUUAUCUUCAAUAAAGUGUCUUAAUUUCAAAUUUUAUUGCAUAGAAUUACGAAAACGUAUAGAGAGGACCAUUAAAUAACUACUUUUAUGAAAUGAUAUCAAAUUAAUCUGAAUAUAAUGGAGAUAAAAAACUAUUCUAUAUCAGGUUUUUGUAUUUUUAAUUGUAAACUAGAGCUACCUCAUAUUUUAUUUAAUAUAUGAACAUCAAAGUGGAAGCACAAAUGAUAAAAAAAUUAAAAGAAACAAUUGAGUUCUUUUUUUUUUUCAAGUAAUAUUAAUAUUAUGUAUAUCUACUGAAACCUAAAUCAAACUAUGUAUGUUCCAAGUACUACCACCAGGAUUUUGUUUCGUGAAGUUUAGAACCAUAAUUUCCAAAGAAGCAACAAAAAUUCUCACAUCUUGUGGUAUUACCUACGGGGCUCGGUUUCCAUGUAAACAGUUGGUAACAAGUUUGCUUGACCUCGACAGUAGUUCGCUAAGCGAUUACGGUUGAACUACACCUGUCUCAUUCAGUCGACAAAGUAGGACACUACUAAGUAAAGCGAUUUAAAAAGUGGCGGGCUUUAUAAUUGAAUCGCUUAUUUCAGACACAGCCUAAGUCACUUUUUGUCCAUAUUGGGUUUAACACAUUGGCAUUGUUAUUUUGGAGUAACACACAGAAAUAACCUAAUUCCUGUAAACAUCCUUAGUUAUAUGACAAUUUAAAAUAUUCGUUUAUUUCUGACACAACCUUUAUCCUGUUCCUAGUUCAAAACGUUUUUUUUUUUCACCUCCUGGAAACUCUGAAAAGUAACUUAGGUUGUUUCUGAAAUAAGCAAUUCAAUUUAGAUAUUUGAAAACUUUUACUUGCAACUACUAAACAAUCAAUAAGUUUAGAGAAUUUUUGUUGUAGGUAAAUGUUGAAAAAUGGAAAAUGUCACUUGUUUUAACUGAAAAAUAAAAUUAAGUGAAAAUGAAACACAUUUUAAACAAGUUUAAUUUGUUUAGAAUUACCAUGUAAUUACUUUUGUCUCAUUAUCUUCUAACUGCAUAUUCUGAACAUAACAUAAGCACUAUAGGGACCGUGCGUCAUGACUUAAACGCCAACUGGUGACAAAAAUGUGCACUUUUUGGGGGAGAUUUAUUAAUGUUUUAUACGACAUUUAUUGUUUAGUAAUUAUUAAUUAAAUAAAGUCGAAUUAUUUUCGUAAUAUCAUUAUCGAAAAAACUUGUUGCAUCCGUGGAUGUACAAACAUAUCGCUUUGGAAACCUGGAUUUGAUUCGGUAAUAAAGAAAUUUUAUCAAUUUCCACAGAACACACUUCGUGUCUCACACCCAACGAUAUACAUAAUUACAUAGAUUGAUUAUCCAUAUGUAAAUCAGACGACGAAAAGCAUAUUUCACUGGGCAAAGUUUUUUUUUUAUCUAUUUUGUAUCAAUUUUGAGCACUUAGUUGUAAACAAAUCAUUUACAGAACCGGUUUAUGAAAUUAGAAUCUUUACUGUUUUUUGUCAUUAAGAUUUUUACAUAUUUAAAUGAACAUUUUAUAUAAAUAUAAUUUUACAGAUAAUUAAUGGUUUAUUCUGUUAAUUGAAACUAAUGUAGAAUGUUACUGUGAAAUUAGAAUGUCCAAUUUGACAAACAUAUACAAUUUUUUAACUAUUUCACUAAAAUAAACAAAUCAUAAUUAAUACAUUGCAAUUACUGUCAAAAGAGAUUGCAACAAACUUUAAAAUAUUAAAAAUCCAGUAAUUUUUUGUAAAAUUUUUAGUAACAUUACUAUUAAACAUUACUCAGAAUAAUAGAUAAGUGUCUUACUCUUACAAAAGUUGUUUAUAUCUCAUAUUAAAGUUGUUUACAUUACCUUUACAAAGUUGUAUUACAUAUUGCAAUUAUGUGUUUUAUAUAGUGUUAUUUCUGAAAUGAGAGUGGUCUAAAAUUAUUUACAUCCAUCCUUAUAAAAAUUGUUUAGAUCUCUUAAUAUUAUUUAACUACAUGGAAACUCAACUCUCAAAAUACAUAAUAACGUGUCUUAAAUUAAGUAAUUAUUUUCUUUUUCCAAAGAAUAAAACGCUGAAAUUUGAUUUUAAAACACAUUUGGGCUAGAACGCUAUAUUUCGUUGACACUAGGAAAGGCAAUCUAGCACUUCACAUUGCAACCCGCUUUUCGUAAUCUUUUUAUAAAUGAGUGAGCAAUCUGUAUAAUUAUGUAUAGCAUUGGGCGACUCAUAAACGUCUAAGGUGGACAGGUGGAUGAAUGACAUUUCGACUAACAAAGUUAAAAAGAAUUAUUAUUAUUAGGCAUUCCAAACAAAUGAAUUACCAGUGGGCAGGUUUGGUAUAUCUAAGGGUGGCGACAUAUGGUGUAUUCUAUCUACUUUACGUAAAAUCAUGAAUAAUGGAUUACAUUUAAAUAUUUUAUGUCAAACACAAUAAAAAUAAUAUUUAAAAAACCCAUCUAUACAUUUCUUCAUAAAUUGGCAGGCUUGGCGAGUACUACUUCGAAUAAAAAUAGCGUCCAAGUUGCAAGACUAUGUCGCUACCCCCUUAAAUAUACAAUAAUUUCCCACUGGCACCUAUUGUUUGACAGGUCGUUGGAAUGCCUGAUUCUCAAUCUUUUUUAUUAAUUUACAUUUUUAAAAUGUUAUUGUAAUAAUUUUAAAUUCAGUGUUACUAAAUACCGAUAUUUUGACAUUGGAUCACAUACUUAUAAUAGGUAUACGGAACAAGAGAGACGUCCGACCUGUUUAACAUAGGGGCGGCCAUUUUUAUACAAGAUUACUAGUACAUAGGUGACCAGAAAUACAGCAAUAUGAAAACUUGGUUGCAGAUGUCUAGGUCUUUUCACUUUUAAGUACAUCAUUUUGUACAGAUUUUUUAAAAGAAAUAAUACAAUAUUAUAUCUGAAUUAAAUUUUUAUUCUACAACAAAAAAAAUAUUUUAAUGUUUAAAAAUACAUGUUAGGCUGAUAAAUAAUAGGCCGACAAAUAAUAGAUUAAAUACCUAAAUACUAAUUUUAAAUGACAAAAGUACAGUAGAGGAAGUUAAAAAUAUUAAAAUUUCCAGGAUACUUUAAAAUUAAAUUGAUGGUUGCAUAUUUGUUUUAUUUUAAACAAUUUACUUUCUUCUUGUAUAAUUUCUAAAAGCUACAAAUUUUUAGUGAACGGGUCGUCCUUAUUGAUUCUGCAGUGAAUUGUACUAACAACUUAAAAGAAAUUUUGUCCAAUCUCUAUAUGGCAGAUAACCACAAUAAGGAACGAUCUGCUUGUUUUGGAACCCUAAAAUAAUAUAAAGACACUGCUUUCAUAUCCUUUAUUUUUGCUAAAUCUUAUUACUUACUUGUGGAAUGUAACAUUUGAAUCUAUUGGCAACAGUCUUCUUAUGUUAUUAUUAUUAUUAUUAAGACAUCUUGAAUAAAGCCCAAUAUAGAGAACUUAUACUGGGAUUAAAGUCUAUUCACAAAUGAUAAAAUAAAUAAAACGUUUAUACACUUAGAAAAUAAUAUCCACAAUCAAAAUAUUCUAAAAUAACACAAAAAAAUUUAACCAAAUUCACAAACACAUUAAAAUUUGACACUUUUGACAGAUGGAAAGAAAUUGGUUGCAUAAGUUUCAGUUUGUUUAUAUAAAAAUGGCGGUCAUUUCUGUCUUCUUUUAUUAAACACUCAGUAAAGAUGCGCAGAGGGUUUUACGCCGUAUACCUAUUUAAGUAUGUGCAUUGGAUACACUUGCUUGAGGUACAACUUUACAAUUUAUUGUCACUUAAUCAUUUAAAUCUUUUUGCUCAAAAUUUAUAUACAUGUACAGAUUUUAAUAAUUUUUCACAUUUUAUAUAAUUUUGCACAUGUACACGAUUGUUUGUGACGGGCCGGUAUCUAUAUUUAACUAUAUUUAAUAUUUUAAAAAAUAUCCUUUAUUUUUUUACUUGCAAUGUUUACCCCAUUUAAUUCUAAAAUUGAACACUAUAGAGAGGGCUAACUUCGGCAGUAGUGCUGCCUCUAUAUUUCACGCACGGUCCCUAUAUAACACACUAAAUUUCUGAAAAAUACAAAUAUAUAACCAGCAUAGCACAAUGAUUUUAUUAAAAAAACUGGAUAUAGUUUUCAUAAAAAGUCAAAGUAGUUAACUUAUAAACACAAUUGUUUUAAUAAUACUGACUUAUUAAUGCAAGGAAAAUCAUUCUAUUAUUAUUAUUAUCAUCCUUUUACGGCCUUUACCCAUCUAUUUCAAUCUAGAGUAGUUGUAAUGCCUAUUUUCGGGUACAAUAAGCCUCCAGCUUCAGUACAGGUGAGCUUUGAAACACGCCCUAAUUCAGAUAGGAAUAUCUAAAACAAAACAAAAAUAAAGGCGCAGUGUGUAUCUUAACAUUAAAAAUGAACAGAUAUAACUUUUUACAUUCUUACAAUUUUCUUGCAAUAAAAGGUAUAAAAAAAUUUGUAUAAAAAUAGAAAACAUUAGAUUUAUGCUCUUAGCAGGUUGACUGUAAAGUAAAAACUUGCCUUUUAAAAAAUUUAUUUUCAAUUAAAAUUAUUAAUACAAAAUUAUAAUGUUUCGAUAACUGAAUAUAAUAUGAUUCUCAUUAAAAUAAACAAUGUUUUAGAAUGUAUAACUUUGGAUUGCUGACUGUGUCGUCACCUAAGAUAUUGAACUGGCCAUAUAUGCAAUUGGUUGUUAUGAAUUCGGAUUACAUAACUUUCCAACUAUAUACUGAGCGUUGCAAAUCAUAAUGAAAACGACUCGCACCGGUGCGUCGUCGGCACUGUGCAUUUGACCUACACCUCGCACUCGUGAGUGGUCAGCAUUCAACCUGUUAACAGGUGAACCAUGCAAAAAUUACCAAGUUGACAUAAAUAUUAUAUUAGUUUUUGAACAUAUUUGGGUAUUAUUUGAUAAAUAUAUUAAUUAAUUUUACCCAAAAAUUGAACAGUAACUAUUUGAGCACAAAUCAAUCGCCCUUUUUUAUCAUGAUUAAAACUAUGAUGAGGUUCUAUCUCGGAUUCUACAAUAUCUGUUUGUAAAUUGACUUCACACAUUUCGCUCACAACUCUUUCAUUUUUUUGACCACAAAUAUUUAAAAUGUUGAUCCAUUAUUCUCUAAAAGUAAUAUUAAUAGCAGGAAAAAUAAAAUUUCUUGUUAGUUUUGUGAGAAAAAUAUUUACUUCUGCAAAUAAAAUUUAAUUAAAAUUAAUGACAUUCUUAAGAACCUCACUAUACUUAUAAAUUACUUAAAUCUAACUUAAACUAAAUUAAUAUAAUUUACUCAACUACAUUUGAAAAAAAUAUAUCAGACCGUUAACAGACUGGCAUUAGGCAUUCCAAACUGAAUGGCUACCAGUGGAUUUUGACAUGGUUUUGACAGGUUAUGAUAUGGCAAAAUUAUGGCAACCCUGUAGGCCUGGUGAUUUGACAAGGUCAAUGAAAUAGAUAGUUACAUAGAUUGAUCAUCCAUAUUUUUCAAAAUAAACAAGCUUAUGCCUUGAAAUAAAGUAAGCAAUUAUUUUUUUAAAUAUCCAAAGACUGAAAAUUGGUUUUAAAACACAUUUUUGUUAAACCGAUUCAAAUUAAUAAAUAUUUGCCAGGCAAUAUUGCCGCUCGCAAACGACCAGCUUUGAGCAAUCUAUAUAACUAUAUAUGUAUCAUUGACCCUGUUAAUGACAUGAUAACAGGGUUGCCAUAUCUUAACUGUCAGUCCCCACUGGAUAGCUAUUCACUAAGUGAUGGGAGCGCUCCCAUGGGAGUGUUCCCAUAUAUUUAGCUCUCUUACUCUUAGGUGGGUAUAUCGUGCUUACUCACUUUUAGCCCAGGUACAUGCGUAGUUAGGUCGAAGUAAGCACGAUAUACCCGCCUAAGACUAAGAGAGCAAGUGACUUAGUGAAUAGCUACCCUGGUAGCCAUUGGCCAGGUCGUUAUAAUGCCUAAUAUUUAGUGCAACAUAACCUAAUUUAUUAACAAAGCCAGAUUUACACCAUCUCAUAAUAUUUAAAUUUAGCUUUAACUUAACAUUUAUUAACGAUUAUCCCUGUAUUUGAUCGCACAUCGUUUUAAAGUGAACUUUAAAGGGUUAAAUCAGUAAAAUUAUUGAUUUCUUUUUCAUUAUUUUUGAAAACAUAUUUUUUAUGGGUGUAAAACGGGUUUAAAUUUAGUGAUAGCAGCGCGCUAAGCGCUUACGGUUAAACUACAAACAAGGAAACAAGUCCCGCGAUUUAUUCAAACCUUUUCUUUUUAUUUUUCUAUGGUAUUACCCUUGUAAAUGUUUGACUUAAAAAAAAAAAAAAUUAAAAAAUGACCAAAAAUAUGAUAGCUAUAAUCAGUAAUUUUUUUUAAUCUUGUUAAUGUUGGUCUUUUUCUAAUUACGAGGUUGAAAAAUUGACGCUAUUUUUUACUUGUUAUAACGUUUAUAUAAUCCUCCUUCAUGUAGUUUUAGCUCAAAGGACUAGCUAUUUUGUGCCAUACUUUCAUGUUGCCAGUGCCAGUUUUAUUAAAGUGAAGGUUUUUUUAAAUUUUAGAACAUUACAAUGAUUUAGGUUUUGAUUUGCAUAUAUAUUGAUUAAAAUAUUUGUUAAAUACGAUGUAUUAGAACGCGUUGUCUUCAGGAAAAUUGAAAGUCAUAUCAGGAGUAGACUGUCUUGCAUAUAUUUUCCAAACUUUGAAACAAUAGUCAAUCAUAAUAUAGGUAUUUAUUAGAAAAGAGCAGUAUAGGUAAAUUUGAAAGAGUAUUAUUAAUGUUAUAUAUUUGUUAAAAAAAAAUUAUAGUUUAAUUUAUGGCCGAGCAGAUUUCUGUUUUGCUUUAAAAGAGAAAAAUAACUUUAUAAUGCACAAGUUUUGAAUUUUGGAAACUGCCUUAUAGAAACUAAAUAUUAUGAUAGAUCUGAAUCUUGAUAAUCAUGCAAAUGUUAAUCUUUUAUCACAAACAAAUACAUUCGAUUUAUUUUUUUAAGAAGUUAAGAUUGAGAUUUAUAAAAAAAAUAUUUGAUUUCUAUAGUGUCUUCCAUAAAAUGUUUUAUAAUGUACAGAGUACGUCACUAUAUUUCAAAACCAAAAGGCUGAUGGUGUAUGUACUUAAAUCCAUUAUACCAGUUGCCAAAAAAUUUGUUCUGGUAUAUCAAAAAUCAUGUAACUUCUGAUUCAAACAUUUCUGUAUAUAAAUUGCUUAUACAUUAGUUACAUGAUUUUUAAGUCAAGGAAUUUACUUUUAAAGUUUGUUUUAAUUUUUUUCUGUAUAAUAGUUUGUGACUGAUUCUGUACUUAAUUUUUGUUGUAUGACUUUGUACUUAAAUCAAAUAGUAGUAUACAAUUUAUCUCAAAACCAAAUUAUUAGUAUAUAAAGUUAUAUUUUUAAUUAGAAUAUAUUAUUUUACUUGAAAAAUUGUUAUUUUUUAGUCCUAGAGCUGAAAGUAAAAUGAACUGCCUCAUAAGUUACCAAAUAAUCUACAGUGGCAUUGUUAAACUAUUAAAAACUAUUAAACUAAAUUAAAAACCUUUCGUCCGCCGAGUAUUAUUGGUCGCCUUUAUAGGCCCCACAAUUCUCAAAAUUUUGUAAAAAUCGAAGUACAUUUUCCUUAUUAGUACCAGAAAGAAAUACGUAUCAAAGAAAGAGAAAAUACACAUUAAAUGCAAAAUAUGACGUCUGCCGCGCUAUGCAGUCCCGUUUUUAAAUGAGACCAUGUUAAAAAUGUUCAAGAAACGCCUUCAAUCUCGUCAUCAAUUACUAGUUUGAUUUUUUGUAAAUAAUUAGUUUAUUGGGUAUUCAUUUGUAUUGUAAAAAGGAAAAACUAGUUAUAUCUUCAUAGGCACCCGGAGGGGAC